UUUUGCAGUAAGCCAAGCCUAUGCAACGUAACUUGAAUGCUCCGCAAUGGCUACAAUCAAUCUGCAGCCGUUCAGCGCUCAGUAGAAGGAAGGACGCGCACCACCAACCUCCUGUUUGCCCUGUUCAACGGGAUAACGUGGUACAAACACACCUCAGCGAACUGUUCUCUGGCAACAUCGUUCCCUUGUCACAGUGUGGAAAAAACCAGCCAUGUCUGGGCAAAAGAAAGGAGUUUCAGCGCGUUUGCGAAAAUGUGCCUUCUGUAGAACUAACCGAGACAAGGAGUGUGGCCAGCUACUAGUAUCAGACAACCAGAGGGUGGCAGCCCACCAUAAAUGCAUGCUCUUCUCCUCUGCGCUGGUGACAUCUCACUCAGACAGUGAAAACAUUGGGGGAUUUUCUAUUGAGGAUGUGAAGAAAGAAAUCAAAAGAGGAAACAAAUUGAUGUGCUCAUCUUGCCAUCGGCCUGGGGCUACCAUAGGCUGUGACGUUAAGACGUGCCGGCGGACGUACCACUACUACUGUGCCCUCUGGGACAAGGCACAGACCAAGGAGAACCCCUCGCAGGGCAUAUACCUUGUUUACUGUCGCAAACAUCGAGAAGCCUCCCAAGACGCUAGUGAUGAGGAGCAAGGAGUUGCAGUCAACGAUUCAGAUUCAUCUCCCCCACGAAGCAGAGGGAGAGGGAGAUUUGAGAAGAGCAAAAUCAGAGGAGUACCACGCGGCCAGUCAGAUGACACCCGCUCAACCUCUUCGCAAGGCAUUGAUGAAAUGGAGAGCUCUUCAAAUCGAGAUCGGUCCCCACUGAGGGGAAGCCCCAGUGAGUCAGGCCUUCGCUGUGGUUUCUGCCAUGCUGGUGAUGAAGAGAAUGAGACUCGUGGCGUUCUUCAUUCUGACAAUGGGAAAAAAGUUGCCGCCCACUACAAAUGCAUGCUUUUCUCUUCGGGAACUGUACAGCUCACUACCACCUCACGAGCAGAAUUUGGCAACUUUGACAUCAAAACAGUCAUACAAGAAAUAAAGAGAGGAAAAAGAAUGAAAUGUACCCUGUGUGGCCAGCUUGGAGCUACCAUUGGAUGCGAGAUAAAAGCCUGCGUGAAAACUUACCACUACCACUGUGGCCUUCAAGACAAGGCCAAAUACAUAGAGAACAUGGCCAGAGGCAUUUACAAACUGUACUGUAAGAAUCACAGUGGAAAUGAGGAGCGGGAUGAAGAGGAUGAGGAGCGGGAGAGUCGCAGUAGAGAAAAGGCUGCCAACAACCAGGGGAGAACCCCUCCUCUGCCUCAAGUCAAUGGCAACUAGAUUAUGAAGGCCGAUGAGGGGGGAAAGGACAAGUUAUUUUUGUAUUGUGCUCAAUUAGAACAUAGGAGCCAGCUUACAACAUCGACCGUUUUAAUUUUCCCUCUCAUCGCCAGAAGUCCUUUAACCAUUGACAACUGGCCAUACAUUUCUAUGCCUUUUUCUGAAUAAUUCAAGGACAUCACAAAUAAGACUGGAGAGUCCAGUUUGUUCCAAAAUCCCACUGAACUCAAUGAGGUGCUUUUCAGAACAGUCCUACGCAGUGACUUUUGAAAGGAAGAUCCUCGUUAACAGUGUAUGUCAGUUCAAGACAAGGCUCAUUCAGUGUCAAACAACCUGCUUCAGUCAGUGUGGGAUAAUACGUGAGUUGCUGUAUAUCUGAAGCUCACGUGACUGGACCAAUGGAUGCUUUCUUCCCAGUUUCUUUCUUGACAAACUGCUCUUUCACCGGACCCAUUUUUGGAGACUGCCUUCUGAUUGUUUUUACUGUCUCUUCCAAAUUCUGAAGUUUAAUAAGCCUAUCGCUGUAAUUUUCUGUCAAAGGAUUGACAUUCUCUUUACCUCUUACUUUCUCUUGUAUCAUGUAUUAUAUUUUACUACUGUAUUAUAUUCAUGAGUAAUGUUGAAUAUCUGUGGCUUCCUUUAUAGUCUUGAGUCAGGAUUAAAGAUCAUUGGCUAGCAUGCACUUUUCUUUAA